AUGGAAACCUCAUGUGCCUCUGCAGAAGUGCGUAAUGAAUUGAGUAAAUUAUUGCAGCGGUUUCAAGAUCCAGAGGUUCAGUUUGACCCCAUUCAAAAACGUGGAGUCAUAAGUAAGGUGAUUGGUUACAUGACGAUGGGUGUUGACACUUCAUGUCUCUUUCCACACUUGACACUUGCAUGUGAGACGACAGACUUUGUCACCAAGAAACUCGUUUACCUUUAUCUCAGCAAUCAUGCAGAGAAGAAUCCUGAAGUGGCGUUACUUUGUAUAAACACACUUAUUAAAGAGUGUAAGGAACAAAGUCCCAUUGUGCGAGGACUUGCGCUGCGCUCCCUUUCUUCCCUUCGGUUGCCACAACUGUUUGAGUACUUAUUUCCUGUCCUAAAGACUGCCUUCACCGAUCCAUCCCCUUAUGUGCGCAAGACGGCGUGCACAUGCGCCCUUAGAGUUUUCCGCGCGUCACCCGCGGAGUUUCGCAGGCAUCAGUUUCUCAACAACGUCCUAAAGGCCUUGCAGGAUAGCGAUGCUCUGGUGUGUGGGAAUGCAUUGGCAGUGCUUCUUGAAGUCUCCCGCGAAGCCGAAGCUAAUGGUUGUACGGAAGGUGUUUUGCAUGUGACAAAACCUUUAUUGUACCAACUGCUAAACAUCAUGAAACGCGUCUCCGAGUACCACCGCGUGCAGAUUAUUAGCCUCAUACAUAAAUACGUACCUCAAGAUGAGAGUGAAAUGUAUGACAUUAUGAAUUUAUUGGAUGAACACCUCCAGACGAGGAAUAGCGGUACUGUACUAAGUGUGUGCAAGGCUUUGUUUCACCUGACGCAGAAUCACCCUGCGAUGUAUUCUGAGGUUCUCAGUCGCUUAAAGGCCCCGCUUCUUACGCUAGUGUCGUCGUGCACUGGAACAGAGGCGGUGUAUCCUGUGCUAUGUCAUAUUAAGCUGCUGCUGCAACAUGAGCCCCGGCUUUUUCAGGAUGCAUACAAGUCAUUCUAUUGCCGCAACGGGGACCCAACCUAUACAAAGACGGUUAAGAUGGAUAUACUUAGUAUGUUAGUGACUCCCACCUCGGUAGGAGAUAUUCUCAAUGAAUUUGUAGCGUAUGCGCACGAACGUGGAAGCAGCGCGGUGUCAUGUGCCGCCAUCGAGGCGAUUGGCCGAAUCCCAUUGAAACUACCAGCGAUGGUGGAGGAUGUGACGAAGCAUCUCGUUACAUUCCUGGAGAGCAGUGUUGAGUACGUACGUAACACGAGCAUCACGGUCAUGAAGGGCGUUCUGAAAAAUCGUCGGUAUAUUCCCACGGUCCAAUUGUUUCUUGAGAAGCUGAUGGAAUCAUAUCGUGAGAUGGAUGUGGUGGAACCUGAGAGCUCCGUAGCGCUUGUGUGGCUUCUCGGCGAGUAUGGUGAGCACAUAGAAGAGGCGCCGUAUAUUUUGGAGGAGAUGUGUAAUGAUUCUCUUCUCAAGCGCCCAGCAGAGUUCCUUCGACAGUUUCUUACAUCCUCCAUAACAUUGUUCUUCAAACGCCCACCGGAAAUGCAACGCGUUCUAGGACGGAUGUUCCAACUGCUUGCCAAUGACUUCACACAUCCAGAUGUUCACGACCAGGUGCGUCUCUACUAUCGGUUACUCCGAGAGAACCCAGAAGUAGCUUCCUACGUAAUAUGCGCCCCGAAGUCUGACAUUAUCGAGUUUGCAGAGGAGCGGAACGCGGAACUCAAGGAUAAACUCUUUGAUGAGUUCAAUACACUCUCUGUUGUGUAUUUCCGACCGAGUGAAGAAUUUGUCCGCGACUCUGCACCACGCACAGGCGAUGAUGACGAUGAUAAAACUGAAGAUGAAGAACAGGAAGACGAUCCCACACAUGACGAGGAUGGGAAUAAGACAACACACGAGGGGAUAGCAGGCCACAAUGUCUCCACUUUGCCUAACGUUUCUCAUCCUCAUUUGGAAAGCAACUUUAGUCUCUCAGUUGAUGCGAGCAUGGAACUGCACGAGUUUGAGCAUCGCUGGAUCUCGCUUGGUGAUUCAGUUGUGACGACAGCCAACAUGCAAUUGCGGCUGCGCAGUGUCCCUGACAUGGAAAUGUUUGAAGAUGCACUUGACGUGUGUGGAGUCGUCAUGCUUACGGCUGGUCCUCACAAUGAUGGUGAUAGAUGCUUUUUGUAUGCGCAAGAAGAGGGCGCAAUGGGAGCGUACUUUCUACUGGAGGUAUGCCUGUCGAGGAAUGGUAUGGUAAACGUUAAGGUGAAGUCCGACAGCGCUCACAUGCAGCAAUUUUUGCAACAUUUUCACAAAAUCAUGGAUCAGUUUUGA